AUGGAGAAAAAUGAGGAGACUACUAAGAAAGAUGACAUAAUAAAAGAUGAAGAACUUGUUAAGAAUCAUUUAAUUUUAAUAAUUGAUGUAAAUUUAUUAAUAUGGUGUGAGGGAGUUCAAAUAAAAUUUGAAAAUAAUAUUAUGAGAUCAUUAAAAUUACAUGAAUUUUUAAAAUCUGUUUUUCAGUUUAUUCGCUUUUAUUGUGUAAUGUGUAAUUCUGAAAGAAUAUGCAUUAUAUCUACUUGUAGUAAUAAUUGUAAAAUCAUAUAUGAGAAUUAUAUAUCAUUUGCUAAAAACAAUUUAACAGAAAAUGAUUUUUGUAGUGAUACAUAUGAUAAGUUAGUUAAUUUUAUUAAUGAAAAUAAAAAAGAAAAAAUGAGUGAAAGCUCAUUAUCAUCAGCUUUAACAAUAGCUUUAUGUUAUAAUAAUAGAAUACGUAAUUUAUAUGAAAAUAUUAAUACUAGAUUAUUUUUAUUAGAUAUAUCAAAAAGUCAUUAUUAUACAAAUCAAUAUACACAAUUAAUGAAUAUUGCAUAUAAUGCUAAACGAAAUAAUAUUAUAAUUGAUGUUUUCUCUCUUAAUUAUAAAACACAAAUUCUGGAACAAAUAUGUAAUAUAACCAAUGGAUUAUAUUUAGAUAAUACAAUAUUUCAAAGUAUUAACCCUUAUGGUAAUAUUCAAGAUAUAUUAACUCAGACUAUAAUCUUUUGGUACCUACCUUCUGUUAAUACUAGAAAAUAUUUUUCAAACACCUAUCUAAAUGAAGAUACAAAUAUAGCUGUCUGCACAUGCCAUAAUAAGCAAAUUGAUAUAGCUUAUAUAUGUUCAUGUUGUUUGGCUAUAUAUUGUUCAGAAAAAAAUUUACAAACAAAUAAGGAUAGAUUAUCUUGCGCUAUAUGCAAAACAAGAUUUACUAAGUCUCUUCUCAGGAAUAAACAUGUUUCAGACUUAGAUUUUUCAUUUAUGUAG